CGGAUGUGGGAGGUGCCGCCCCCGCCGCCGAGCCUCAGCGCCGCUCGCCCCCGCCCUCGCUCUCCCUCCUCUCCUCUCCUCUCCUCUCCCUGCGCCGCCGUUGCGGGUCAGCGCCAGCUACUGCCGCAGUGAGGGGGCAGCGGGAGCCGGCAGCGGGCCCGGCGGCGACGCCGAACAGGCUGACAGCGAGGCCGGGGCUCGGUGGAUUCGCGACCGCGGGGGGGGAAGCGCCUGACGCCCAGCCGCCGCCAUGCUUACAGGUGUGCAAACAGGAAUCUCAACUGUGGCAUGAGUAGGUUGAGCCUCUAUUCUCGCCAAAAAAGGGGGGAUUAAAACAUUUUUGAAAAUCUAGUGGAUUUUUGGAUUCUCCUGUGAAAGUGAACGCAGCACAUCAAAAACAGAGAUCCAAGUUCCAGUCCUGGAUAGCCUUCCAGUCUGGUGUUUUUCUUGCCUCUUCAUGGCCUCGUGUCUUAAGAGCAGCCUAGCUGGAUCCCCUGGUUCCUGUUUCUUCUUGUUUCAAAAUUCUGCUUUCUUCAGUUUUAAAUCCUAUACCUUUUUAUAUUCAUAUACAUACACCAAGCUUUUACUGCUUGUUUUGGUCUUCACUGGUUUUCUAAGACUUUGGUUGGGUUCCGUCCAAGAUUUUCCACGUGGCACCGUUCUCUUUGAUUCCCAGCUGCAGUGAAAGAAGUUACUCUUGCAGAAUAUCUCAGUCAUGGUUUUUAGGUUUAGGGACCUGACUGUCCCCACCCUGUCAGUUCCUAUUCUGCUUCUUUGACUUGCUGGAAAUGAGGCAAGCUACCCUUUGGAAAUGUGCUCGCACUUUGAUGCUGAUGAGAUUAAACGACUAGGAAAGAGAUUUAAGAAGCUUGAUUUGGACAACUCUGGUUCUUUGAGUGUGGAAGAGUUCAUGUCUUUACCUGAAUUGCAACAGAACCCGUUAGUACAGCGAGUAAUAGAUAUAUUUGACACAGAUGGCAAUGGAGAAGUGGACUUCAAAGAAUUUAUAGAAGGAGUCUCCCAGUUCAGUGUCAAAGGAGAUAAGGAACAGAAGUUGAGAUUUGCUUUUCGCAUUUAUGAUAUGGACAAAGAUGGGUAUAUCUCAAAUGGAGAGCUCUUCCAGGUGCUAAAGAUGAUGGUUGGGAACAAUCUCAAAGACACUCAGUUACAGCAAAUUGUAGAUAAAACCAUAAUUAAUGCAGAUAAGGAUGGUGAUGGAAGAAUAUCUUUUGAAGAAUUCUGUGCUGUUGUAGGAGGCCUAGAUAUCCACAAAAAGAUGGUGGUAGAUGUGUGACUCUGUAGGGCACCACCCAACACUUUUGCUUUCUUCUCCAUCUCUGAAGAUCUGCUCAAGACGUCCAGCAAUGCUCUCUGUGUAUUUAAAUGGAAGUAUUUUUCUCUGUGAAGCCACAUUUUCCAACAUGAGCCUCAUGAAGCCAACUAAGUGUUAUUGAACUUUUAUUCUCUCAAUAACUCGGUGUAGCACUUUAAAGUCUGAAGGACAGCAAAGAUGGAAAGAGCAUAUCAGUGUGGUGGAGAAAGGGAAGGGGUUGGCUUUUUAAUUUAUUUUUCUUCAUCUUUUAUAACAAGGAAAUAUCUAUCUAUAUAUAUAUAUGUGUGUGUGUAUUUAUAUAUAGAUAUAUAUGUAGCUUUCUAUAUGUAGUAGCUAGGUGGGCUUUAAUUUAAUAUACUUGAUUCAGAAACAAAACUAGAGUACAAAGUGCCAAGCAGAAUAUUAACAGUUCAAUAUAUGGAUAUACAUCCUUACUUUUAUUUCACACAGUUUUAUAUAUAUAGUAGAAGAAUGUAAAAUUUUAACUGGGUGUUAGGUCAACUCUUUUCCUUUUCCUGUGACUGUUCAGAUGUUUCUAUAUAUUGACUGGCUGACAAAGCAUUGCUUCUUAUUAAUUUACCUUAAUGACAUUUUUUGUAACACAGGAGACUAAGUUUAUUUAUACCUGUUAAUAUAUUACCAGGGACUGUGUCUCUUUGCUAAAUAACUUAGUACAAUUCUACUUAAUAUGAGAAUAUAGUUUAAUGCUACUGCCAAGAACUAGCCCUCAUGUGCGUAUAGUAACUGCAGAACGCUUUGGUGGCCACUAGAUAUUGUCACCUAGGGAUCGGGAACAGUUAGAGCUGUCCCACAGUUAGUGCACAUCUGCUGUUUUGGAUUCAUUUUAGAUACGGCUGCUCAAGGUGUUAAACACAUUCAUGAUUUUCUCUUGUGCUUAGCUUAAUGAAAUUAGGACCUACGUAAGUGUGCAGGAUUCCCAUCUACUUAUUUUAUACAGUUCUUAGACUAUAAAGUGUUCUUGCCAUUUAAAUUCUGUUGUUUCAACAGUGAUAGUUUCCCCUCUGCAUUUAAAGAAUACUACAGGUAGCAUAAAUAACUGGUAAUGUUUUAUAUAUAAUAUAUAUAUAUGUAUAUAGGAUUCAUACAGGGGGAAAAUCUUGUUAACCUAUGCCAUAGAGGAGGAAAACUUCACACUAUCUAAAUUUAUACCUCUUGCGGUUCUCCAGUCCUUUGCCUGGAGAAUUUUUUUCUUUUCUAGAUUUGUCCAUAUCAUAAUUUGUAAUGGAUGGUAACUUGAUAUAUUUGUGUGAUAUAAAAGUAGCGAGCCAUGUUUUACAACUUUAUAUCAUCCCUUCCCUUUUCUGCAAUGGUACUAUUGGCUGGAAGACAAACAUUUGCUAGAUUUUUCUAGGACAGUACAUCUUUCCUGUAUAGUAGUUUUUCUAUUAAAAACAAUUGUUUUAUAAUCAGCAGUGGAAAGUGCAGGUUGUCUGAACCUACUUCUAUUGAGCACCUGUCUGCCAUAGCUGUUCCUUCAACUGAGUGCUGCACAUCAUGGGCUCUGUCUGUGAGAGAGAAAUCCAGGUGCUUGGUGUCCUUGCAUGACAUGAAGUUUUGCAUGUAGAUCGAUUUGAAAUGUUCCUCUUGUUUACAUAAUUUGCAUAAUUUAAGAUAAUGUUGCCAAACUUUGGUAAAUGUUAAUGUUCAAAACAAAAAUCUCCACUACAUGUAACUUUCUUCCUCUGGAUCAGUACGUGGCUUGUAAUCCCAGCCAGUGGUUGUAUCUGUUCCAGUGUCAACUGCCAUGUGCUCUGCUUCAAGGGGGAACUAGUCUUUUGUGAAUUUUUUGUACAUAAGUAUUUGUUACAAACAUUUUAGCAAAUGCUUUUGAUUUUCUCUUACUUGCUUGUGCAUAUCUUGGCUGGUGUUAUAGAAAUUUAGUGCUACCGUUACUUCCUUAGGGGGAUUGGAAGGGGAGGGAUGAGGUUUUUUAGUUUGUGUGGGGAAAAAUGAUUUACGUUGAAUGUUUAGUUUUUCCUCUGCAUGCUACAUCAUAUGUUGUGGGAACUAUAAGAACCUUCAUACUAUAUGAAUAUAAAAUAAAAUAUUUGAACCUUG